AAGAUUAUCACUUUAAGAUGGAUAAUGAUGAAAAUGAACACCAGUUAUCCUUAAGAACGGUCAGUUUAGGGGCUGGUGCAAAGGAUGAAUUGUACCUUGUUGAAGCAGAGGCAAUGAAUUAUGAAGGCAGUCCAAUUAAAGUAACAUUGGCAACAUUGAAAAUGUCUGUACAGCCAACAGUUUCCCUUGGGGGCUUUGAAAUCACACCACCUGUGGUCUUAAGGUUGAAGUGUGGUUCAGGGCCUGUGCAUAUUAGUGGGCAGCACUUAGUAGCUGUGGAGGAAGAUGCAGAAUCAGAAGAAGAAGAGGGGGAUGAUGUGAAACUCUUAAGUGUAUCUGGAAAGGGAUCUGCCCCUGGAGGUAGUAGCGAGUUUCCCCAGAAAAAAGUAAAACUUGCUGCUGAUGAAGAUGACAACGAUGAUGAAGAUGAUGAUGACGAAAACGACGAUGACAAUGAUGAUGAUGACUUUGAUGAUGAGGAAACUGAAGAAAAAGCUCCAGUGAAGAAAUCUGUACAAGAUACUCCAGUCAAAAAUGCACAAAAAUCAAACCAGAAUGGAAAAGACUCAAAACCAUCAACACCACAAUCAAAAGGUCAAGAAUCCUUCAAAAAACAGGAAAAAAUUCCUAAAACACCAAAAGGACCUAGUUGUGUAGAAGACAUUAAAGCAAAAAUGCAAGCAAGUAUAGAGAAAGGUGGUUCUCUUCCCAAAGUGGAAGCCAAGUUCGUCAAUUAUGCGAAGAAUUGCUUCUGGAUGACUGACCAGGAGGCUAUUCAAGAUCUCUGGCACUGAAGGAAGUCUCUUUAAGAAAAUAGGUGAAACAG